AUGGUGUACUCCAAGAUCUCUAGCGAACGGCGAAAAGUGCGCAUGACCAAGACUUCGCCUCCGAACUAUGAAGUGGAGAAGACACCCGUCAACAAGAUCCUGGAGAGAGUCGAGAAUGCCAAGAGCCCGGCUGUCAUUAUUGACGGCGGGGCUGCCAGAUACUCCUGGGAGGACAAGGCCGAGGACCUUGUCAAUGCUCUGAAAAUCCCGGCGGCUCUUACGAACACAAUUAACUUUUGGAGAUUCUACGUUAUGAUUGGCAAAGAAAGAUUCAUCAUCGACCUUGUGCACGUACACCCGGUCGAGCGCUAUCUAAAUGGCCUUCAUGCCCCGUAUAACCACGUUCCGCUCUGUGACUAUGGUGCGCCGUUCAAGCCUUUCGUGUCGGAUGUUGAGAAUCAGCCUGGGACGUUCAAAGUAGACAAGGCUGCGGAGUUGGACGCAUUGUUUAAUCAUGAGGACUUCAACUCGGCCGAUUAUCCUCAGGUGAUGGACUACUUGGAUGCUCCUCACGCCUUGAAGGCCUUGUACAGUCCCAAGGAGUAA